UGGCAGAACAACUCCCUGGGUGUCAGGAACUUCGCGGUGUUGUGUGUUCCCUUCCCACGGCUAAAAGCUACAGCCGGCAGGUCAAGGAAACGAACCACAACGCCUGGAUCCUUCCCUGCUAUCUCCCCCCGCCACCCCACCCGGGUGUCGGAAGGGAGCGUCCGUGGGGCUGAGCCGCUUCUCCCGGAGCCGCUGCGGCGCGCCGCGCUCCUGUUCCCGGGCCUGGAGCGGAGCCGGCGAUUGGGCUGGGGCUGCUGAGGGGGUGGCGGCCACUCCCGGCUCGGCCGCCGCCGCCUCGGGAAGCUGAACUCUGCUCCGCCGCCCGCGCCGAGUGCCGCGCGGGGCUGCGGCGGGGAGCGAGAGGCGCAUGCCGCCCUCCGGGCGCCCCUCCUCCUGCCUUCCGGAGGGGCCGAGCAGGCGGCGGGGGCCGGAUCUCCGAGGAGCGGACCCGCUGAGCGGCCGGGAAGAUGCUUGCUUGUCCCCCCAGAGACAGUUGCUGCUUUCCCCCCAGACCCGUCUGACUUUAGUGGAGAGAUCAUGACCGAAGUCCUCUUUUCAGCUGUUUUGAAUGGGACUGAAACCAACGUUCUGUCAAACACUGGCUGGACUCUGGGAAAUGCCACUACCAAAUGUUCCCUAACCAAAACUGGCUUCCAGUUCUAUUAUCUGCCCACUGUCUACAUUCUAGUCUUUAUCUCUGGAUUUCUGGGCAAUAGUGUGGCGAUCUGGAUGUUUGUCUUCCACAUGAGGCCUUGGAGUGGCAUCUCAGUUUACAUGUUCAAUCUGGCAUUAGCUGAUUUCUUGUAUGUCUUGACACUCCCUGCCCUCAUCUUUUAUUACUUCAAUAAAACUGACUGGAUCUUCGGGGAUAUCAUGUGCAAACUGCAAAGGUUCAUCUUCCAUGUGAACCUGUAUGGCAGCAUUUUGUUUCUGACUUGCAUAAGUGUGCACAGAUACUCAGGGGUGGUGUAUCCUUUGAAAUCACUUGGGAGACUGAAGAAAAAGAAUGCCGUUUACAUCAGUACCCUUGUUUGGGUCAUUGUUGUAGCUGGGAUUUCUCCUAUAUUGUUCUACUCUGGAACUGGGCUAAGGAAAAAUAAAACCAUUACAUGUUAUGAUACUACAACUGAUGAUUAUCUUAGAAGUUACUUCAUUUACAGCAUGUGCACCACUGUGUUUAUAUUCUGCAUCCCAUUCAUAUUGAUUCUUGGUUGUUACGGACUAAUAGUGAAAGCUUUGAUUUACAAGGAUUUGGACAAUUCUCCUCUGAGGAGAAAAUCAAUUUACCUGGUUAUUAUUGUGUUGAUGGUCUUUGCUGCGUCUUACCUUCCCUUUCAUGUGAUGAAGACAUUGAAUCUCAGAGCCAGGCUGGAUUUUCAGACUCCACAAAUGUGUGCCUUCAAUGACAAAGUAUAUGCCACUUACCAAGUGACAAGGGGGUUAGCUAGUCUCAACAGCUGUGUAGAUCCUAUUCUGUAUUUUUUGGCAGGUGAUACCUUUAGAAGUAGACUAUCAAGGGCAACCAGAAAAGUAUCUAGAAGAAGUGAGCUCAAUGCGCAAUCAAAAAGCGAGGAAGUGACUCUCAAUAUUUUAGCAGACUAUAAAGUGAAUGGAGACACAAGUUUGUGAAUGCAAAAGAUUUGCAAGCAGGUGCAAAAAACAAAACAAAACUGUCCAUUUUUAAGACAGGAGGAUGCUUUAUUGCCAUGACUGUUUGGGGAAAAUCUACUGAACCGGCCGGCAGGGUUGCUCUUUUUGAGGCAAUAGUGUCUCAUUUUGUGAGUCUAAGGAGAACUUAAGCAAAGUAAGUGUUUAAAAAAAAAAUCUUAAUGGGGGGGAAAAACGCAUCAGAUUUCUGUUUUUACCUUUUUUUUAAAAAAAUGCUCACAAUAGUAUAUCUUUCUGGCUGGUGUCAGAUAAAAUAAGACAAAGCAAAUCCCAUAGCUUCAAAUGUGCUGCUUGUGGCACCUUAGAGACUAACAAAUUUUAUUUGAGCAUAAGCUUUCGUGAGCUACAGCUCACUUCAUCGGAUGCUGUUAUAGAUUCUUUUCUCUCCAUUAAUAAUGAUAUAGUUUUUUUUAAAAAAAAAAAUCUCCAAGAAAAACUUUUCUUCUGGGCCUCUGUCCAUACUUCCAUCCAUAGCCUCUUCUUUUACACUCACACUGUAAAAAAAUUUAUUUACAUUCAGAUCAUGAUGCAGCGAUCUUGAACAUUAUCUUGUGAUUUCUGCAUCUUCUACUUUUGGAGGAAAUGAUAACAUUUUGGUAGCUCAGUGGUGCCCUUUCCGGUUCUAUCUUUGCAGAAGGCUUGAUUCCUAUAAGGAUCGGUUCCAUGCCCAUGUGUGUCAUGACUCUCACAAAUUAUUGUGAUUUUACAUGGAAAACUAAGGGUGAAAUCUUGGCCAUGUUGAAGUCAGCGCUAUUGAUUUUAGCGGGGCCAGAAUUUCACCCCAGUGUUUGCACAUAGACUGAUGGCAAUUCUAUUCAAUAGACUAUUUUGCUUUUUGUGCAGGCAGCUAGCUAGCUAUGCAUGCACAAUUGCAGUACAUUUUGAGUGUAGAUAUCACCUAUAAAUCUGAGUUUAAAAAAAUUGGCACUGCAUAUCUAAAUAUCCAAUAUUUCAGUCCUUGUUGAAGUAAAAACCUCAUUGUCUUCAGUGGAAAGAACCAGAUAAAGGACUGCAGGAAUGGGCUCUGCUUGGGCAAAUGGCAGGACCAAAUUUACAGAUUUGGAAAAGACUUGCUCUCGAGAGUUACAAAUUUUGAGCAACACUUCACUGCAGUUCUGACACUCAGCAUCUGAUGCUGGAAGUUUGUGUGAAUUCUCUUAUGGGUAACAAACUCUAUUAUUGAAAACACUUUAAUUUUUAUCCACAUAAAAACCAGAGAUAUUUUAAUUAUCUUAACCUUCAUUUGGUACAAGCAUUUUUCACUUGCUUAUCUUGUAUGAUAACGCAAGCUGUUUCCCAGGCAAAUUCUUAUCAAAAGGGGUUAAAGAACAAUAUUUGUUGGAAUCAGAAAAAAAAAAAAAACUUCAACUUUUUUUUUUACUGUGAAUAAAGAAUUACUGUAUCAACAAAAUGUUGCAAUACACUGCCAAUAAUGUCAUGCUGGGGAACGGGUACCUUCAUAAUUUGUCUCACCCAAAUGUGUAAAAGGGUCACCUAAAAUUGCACAGAAUAAUAUAUUGUGUAAUGCAGCAGUCAGUGAGGAUUUGAGCACAGGCAGAAUCUGUGGGGAACAAAACCUUAUUUCACAUAGAUAUUGUUUGAAAUGUGUCUGAAAGUAUUAUUGAAUCUCGUGCACAAAAUGGCGUGAUAUGUAAUGAGUAAAUGGUUUUAACAAAUCCUCAGCCCCCACAAACUUUAUGCUAGGAAUAAAAAUAGAAAUAGUUUAUCUUGCAUAUUCAUUUCCAAGGACUGACUACAUGCAGAAAAUGAAUAGCUCUAGAUAUGUCUUGACAACAUUGUUAAGCAGCUUACGUUCAGAAACAUAAAACUACUUAACCUGAAAAAACUGUUUGUUUAACUUAUUUAUUGGAAGACUAAGUACACAUGUGAAGUGUUAUCUAAUAACAUUUUAAAUAAUUCUGUUUUUCAUAUUUUCAGAAUUGAGCAUUAACAGAAAAAAAUAGAAUGGCAUGUUUGAACUGUUGUAAUUGUACUCAAUUGAACAUCUUUUAUAAUAAACUCUCAGAUCCAGCCCUGCAAGACAUUGGAUUACUGUUGAUGUGCAGUCUACACAUAAAUUAAGCUACUGUUUAGCAAGCAUAACAUUUUACAGUAAUGCUAAAAAUCUCAUUGAAUCCUAUAAAUCCAAGAAAAUGUAGAGCUAAUGCAAGAAUUCAAGGCUAAUGCUCCUAACUCUUUGUGACAAAACAUUGGGAUGAUUUGGUUGGGGAUUGGUCCUGCUUUGAGCAGGGGGUUGGACUUGAUGACCUCCUGAGGUCCCUUCCAACCUUGAUAUUCUAUGAUUGUUGAAUGUACAGACUUUGGCUCUCAUUUACACUAAGGCUAAGUCUACCCUAGAGACCUUAUGGUGGCACAUCGGUACCACUGUAGCUGAGCUGCUGUAAAGUCUCCCAUGUAGCCGUUCUAUGCCGGUGGGAGAGAGCUCUCCUGCCGACAUAGCUCUGUCCACACAGACACUUUUCUCUGUGAAACUUGUGCCAUUUUCACACCUCUGACCGACAAAAAUUGUGCUGACAAAAGUGCUAGUGGAGACAAAGUCUAAGGCUCCUUUAUGCUGCUAGAGAAUGAGUAUCGGCCCCACAGUACGUGGUGUGUAAUUAUGCACUUAUGAGGCUGCACUUAACUGAGACAUGCACUGGUGGGCUUGGCAGAUAAAUUAAGGAUAGUGUCAGAAUGGAUUUGCAGACUGCACUGAAUUGGUUUUUAUGGGUUUAAAAUCAUGUUACUUUUACAGUUUUUUAUGGUCUUUUUUUCUUUUUCCUUUCAAUUAGGGAAUAAAAUGUUGCACUAAUUAGGAACUUUUUGAAGCAUGAAACACAGGUACUCAAUAGUCAAUCCUCAGAUUCAGAUAAGUCUGUAUUUAGAUACUUUAAAAAAAAAAAAGUAUCGACCCACUUUGUUUUAUUUUUUUAAAUGUGUAUCAAAGCUAUGCUAAAUCAUAUCAGCUACUCAUUAAUGUAUGUUAGACCUUAAAAAUCAAGAGCAGUAACACAAUUUUCGGGAUACAAUUUUAACACAUAGGUACAGGUCAUAAUGAGGGGCAGGGAGGAUCUGCACAUCUCCAUGGAAAACUCAAGAAGGCAAUAUUCACCCUCCUUAAGUGGCAGAAUGCUGCCACUCUGCUCCUUUGUGGGGUAUACGAUUCUCCCUAUAGCACACUGAUUCCCAAACAUGGACUGCUAUUGUGCCUUCCACACAACAGUGAAAAGUUAAUUUUGACUCCUUUUGCCUGCAUAUACUCACUUAAGAGACUGGCCCAAUACCUCACUAUGGUCCAUUGUAGUAAUAUUGUAUGUAAUCAGGAUUAAUUUUUAAAGGUGACUUGCAGAGGCAAGGCGCCUCAUUCCAGUAACUUUACCUCAUUAUGUCCUGGAAGUUUCCAUGGUGCAGGUAGGAGGGGCACUAAGUACAUUUUUAUCUUAAAACUUAUUCAAUUUUCCUUCUUUUAGGUCCUGUGACAUUCAGAACUACCAACAACCAGUACCAUCAUCCUAUUCUGAUGUGAGUCCCUGACAUGCACCAUUCUGAGAUGACAACUACCACUGAGUGCAGCUGGAACAUGGAGCUGGUCCACAGAAUCUCACGUUAAGUCCCCACUUUUUUUUUUUAACAUUACUGUAUUUGGCACGUGUUCUGUACCUGUAGAUAGAGCUACUGCAGAAUCAUCGCAAAGGAUAACAAGAGUGACUCUCAGUGCUCCAGCAUGACUACUUUGUACCUGCAACAUCACAGCAUGGUGUGUGUUGGGCAAUCACAUCCGAGGAGGAUCUGGCCAACUGUGGGAGGGCUGGAUGUCGUGGGACCAGAAAUAAAUUUGUUUUCUUGCUUAUUGUGGCAUGGGCUCCUGGGGUAAUUUGCCAAAUAUAUUGGUAAAUACUAUUGCCAUUUGGUACUUAAUCUUAUUAAAAUGAAUUUAAUACUAGUGAAAGGUAACCAGACUGACAGGUCUUUAGACCAAAGGACCCCUUCCAUCUAUUCACAGCAUAGGCAUCAGCAGAGAAAAUCCCCUAAACUACCUCUCACCACAUCUCUCAUGCUGACCUAGCGGAACCACCUCUAGGUAUGUGAGGAGAAUACAGUUUUCAUUUCCAUUCAGACCUUUGCUGACACUGCUGAGAAUGCCAUUUAGUGACAAUGGUGAUAGUGGGCUAUGUAGUCCUGUUCACUAGGACCUGGACUCAGGAAGUCACCUCCUUACACAAAGUCCGCCUAACGGUACUGACUUCACUCUUUAGUGUGCUGGGCCGGACUUGAACCUUGAGCCAGCUAUUUUCUCUUGGCAUCUUUGCUGGUAGUCUUCUAAAUGUACAUUAUUUAUUUAGAGAUCCAUAAAAGCUCUUGAUAAACACUUUUUUAUUAAAAAAAAAAAAAAAACUUUAAAGAAAUGAGUAUUUGACCUAAACAGAGCUACAAUGAUCUAUACAGAAACAAAUGACUGUUCAUGGUAUAUUUGCAUUUUAUAGCUCCAUAGGGUCAAAUUUGCCUCAUUUAUGCCCAUGUGCUCCCAGGAGGGAUAAUGUCUAAUACAAAAUGAAGCAACUGUAAUCUAGUUACUGUAUGUGGGCUGUGGGCACUUUCAAAACUUCAGUAGCUUGAUAUCAUGGCUAUUUAAAUUUGUUGUUUUUAAACUAGCAGUUUUGAGUCCAGUUUAUGCAUUAGCAGCAUAAUGAAAAUUAAAUUUUCAAGACACCAAGUGCCAAAUUCUGUCACUGGAUGCACAUGAGUAACUCCCGUUGAAUUUAGGGACAGCAUCCCUUGUGCAUUUGAGGACAGAAUUUGGGAUUGGGUAUUAUUUUAUAGAACUAUAUAAUAAGCAUUAAGGGUCGCAUUAUACCAUCCCAACAUUAAAAUCCACAGUAGGGAUCUUCCUAUAGCCAAGAUGCCACUGAAUCCUUCCUUCAUGAGGAAAAAUGGGGGAACAGUAGAGGCAAGGGACCCAGGACCUGUACACCACAGCUCUGCCAAGGGCCAGGACUCCUCCCUUAUGGCAGCAUGGCUUCUUAAGGAGAUGUGGGGUUGCUACUGGUCAUUCCAGAUGAGCUUGUGCUAUUUUCCCCUCUGUGGAGAAGAUACAGUGCAGACCACAUGGUAGAGAAUUAACUCCUGCUCCUUUUGCCCACUGCAUCUCUACUGGAUUCUGAGAGGUGCAUGCUAUGUAAAAUGGCUGUUCCUUUUAUUCACCCACUGCCUACCCCUAAAAGUGAGCAGAGUUCCUCUGGGUCCCAGGCACAGAAGAAGGGGAAAAUGUGCUAUCCUGGCUUGGCUUACUCCCACUGGUUCUGGGGCUUUUUUGCCCCAUAUUGCUUUAGUCUUUUAUUUGGUCUCCUGUGUUCCUCACAGCCAAAGGAAGCAGUCCUAACAUUUUGCCCAUUUUCCAGAAAUGUAAAUUAAUGCAUAUUAUUCCUAGUCCAAGCAUUAUAGUGUCCACUUUCUGCCUCGAGUAAAGUUUUGCUGGAUAGUCUAUAUGCUUCCCCCUGGGGUAAAUUCUACCUGCAGUUCUCUCUAGACAUUUAUUUCAUGCUCAUGAGUAUGGCUUCUGAGUACCUAUGUGGGCACAAUUCCCAGAAAUGUAUCUGGAAGUUCUAGCACUCAUAAUGCCUAGCAUUCAUAUAAUAGCUUACAUGUUCAGUGUGGCGUUAUACAAACGUUGUCUCCUCUAAUGUAGGUAGGUAUCAUUAUUCCUAUUUUAUACACAAGCAAACUGGCACAGAGGGGUGAAGCAAAUUGCCUAUACAGUUAAUCAGCAACAGAGCGAGGAUUAGAAUUUGGACGAUUCUGACUCCCAACGCAGUGUUCAUUCAGCUGAUCAUGCUAUUUCUUGUAUGUGUAACUAAUAGGAAUCUUGCAUGCAUAUUCAAGGGCAGAAUUUGACCCUCACAUGGAAGUUGUCUGAGAACCACUAAAAAAUCCUUAACUACAGUAUAAUAGCUUGACCUGCAGUUUUAUCACUCUUACAUUUGCUGUUCUAUUUUUAACUCCAGAGGUUUUUGUCACUAGUGAGAAUUUGACCACUUAAUCUGUAUCUGUUACAAAAUGUUAUGUCUGAGGUGUAAAUUGUAUUUGGCAUCAUCAUUUCAAACUAAUAUGAAGGAAUAAAAUGUGAUUUACAUGCUUAAUGCUUUGUGAAUUUGGACUACAGUGUCUUUCAAGUGUAUAUGUGAAAAUGUUUAUUUUUCUAUAAUUCUGUGAGAUUAAUAUUGUUUAGUGUAUCCAAAAUUUGUGAUUAGUAGUGCCAUUAAUUUGACUUGCCUAUGGAGACAGUGUUAAUCAAUAUUUAAGCUUCUCAGGUUCUGUAGUUGAUUUAAAUCAAUAGUAACUUAAAAAAAACCUAAUUGUGCAUAACUCAUGAAUAAAAUGAUUGUCUGUUUUCUAUAAA